ACGAGCCGGUCCUGGUCGGCAGGAAGCCCGGCCCAGCGGCUGGAAGGGGGAGCCGGCCCCAGCGGGAGCGGAUGCGGCUCCGCGUCUGCGUGGAAUGUUGGAGGAUGUUUGUUCCAAGAUCUCUAAAAAUUAAGAGGAAUGCUAAUGAUGACAGCAAAAGUUGUGUGGCCAAGAAAAUUAAACCAGAAGCAGAAGACCUUCAGUUGGAUAAAGGCAGAGUUGUUUCAGUUGAUGAUUUAGUUACAAAAGCAGCCGCAACACCACACAGGCCCAGCGAAUCAUGCUCCAUUCCCAGUCCAGCUGGCCACUUGGCCGACAUUUGUUUGGUAGGACUUGAGCAGCAUGCAAAGGACAGUCAUCCUUCCGAAGAGCCUGUGAAGUCAUUUUCCAAAACACAGCGCUGGGCAGAACCUGGGGAGCCUGUCUGUGUUGUCUGUGGUCGUUACGGAGAAUAUAUCUGUGAUAAGACAGAUGAAGAUGUGUGUAGCUUGGAGUGUAAAGCGAAACAUCUUCUACAAAUUCAGGAAAAGGAAGAAAGACUAAAACUCAGCAGUCCGCAGAAAGCUGGUCCUGAGCCAGAGUCUGCACUGAAUGCCUUUUAUGUCUACAAAGAGCACCCCUUUAUUUUGAACCUUCAGGAGAGCCAGGUUGAAAAUCUGAAACAGCAGCUAGGAAUUUUAGUUCAAGGGCAAGAAGUCACCAGGCCCAUCAUUGACUUUGAACACUGUGGGUUCCCGGAGACCUUAAAUCACAACCUGAAGAAAUCAGGCUAUGAAGUGCCAACCCCCAUCCAAAUGCAGAUGGUCCCUGUGGGACUCCUGGGAAGAGACAUUCUGGCCAGUGCGGACACUGGCUCGGGAAAAACAGCUGCUUUUCUUCUUCCUGUUAUCAUCCGAGCUUUAUUUGAGAGCCAAACUCCAUCUGCUCUCAUUCUUACUCCAACAAGAGAGUUGGCUAUUCAGAUAGAGAGACAAGCUAAAGAGCUGAUGAGUGGCCUUCCAUGCAUGAAGACCGUGCUGCUCGUAGGGGGCUUACCCUUGCCCCCACAGCUUCAUCGUCUGCGACAGCAUGUAAAGGUUAUCAUAGCAACCCCUGGGCGACUUCUGGAUAUAAUAAAACAGAGAUCUGUAGAACUCAGUGGUAUAAAAAUUGUAGUAGUAGAUGAAGCUGAUACCAUGUUAAAGAUGGGCUUUCAACAGCAAGUGCUUGACAUUUUGGAAAAUGUUCCUAAUGAUUGUCAGACCAUUCUGGUUUCAGCCACAAUUCCAACUAGCAUAGAACAACUAACAAGCCAGCUUCUGGAUAACCCUGUGAGAAUUAUCACUGGAGAAAAGAACCUGCCGUGCUCCAGUGUGCGUCAGGUUAUUUUGUGGGUGGAAGACCCAGCCAAAAAGAAAAAAUUAUUUGAAAUCUUAAAUGAUAAGAAACUCUUUAAGCCUCCAGUGUUAGUAUUUGUGGACUGCAAACUAGGAGCAGAUCUGUUGAGUGAGGCCGUUCAGAAAAUCACGGGUCUAAAAAGCACAUCUAUACAUUCAGAGAAGUCACAAAUAGAAAGGAAAAACAUACUGAAGGGAUUACUGGAAGGAGACUAUGAUGUUGUAGUGAGCACGGGAGUCCUGGGACGAGGCCUAGACUUGAUCAGUGUCAAGCUGGUUGUCAAUUUUGAUAUGCCUUCCAGUAUGGAUGAGUACGUGCAUCAGGUUGGAAGAGUGGGGAGAUUGGGCCAAAACGGAACAGCGAUUACUUUCAUCAAUAACAAUUCAAAAAGACUCUUCUGGGAUAUUGCAAAAAGAGUAAAACCCACAGGAUCCAUUCUUCCCCCACAGUUAUUAAAUUCCCCUUAUCUUCAUGACCAGAAGAGAAAGGAACAACAGAAAGAUAAACAGACACAGAAUGAUCUGGUUACAGGAGCUAAUCUUAUGGACAUUAUUAGAAAACAUGAUAAAAGUAAUUCUAAAAAAUGAUUUGUUAUGCCACUUGGAAUAAUUUUUUAUUUUGUAUUAUUGGCAAAAUUUCUGUAAAUUGUUACUGUAUGGUUUGAGUAAGUGGAAUUGUACAUGAAACAAAUCUUUAAGAUAUGAUUUUUUAAAACUUAAUAAAACUUGUACAGCAAUAUUGUAUU